UCCUUCAUUGCUGGACUCACCAUUGUAAAAACUGCUGACAGUGAGAAAUCCCUGGACUUGGAACAAGCUGUCAUAAUGGUGUCUCAUAUUCUACUCUUCGUAGUCGCUUCAUCUGUUUUUCUCACCCAGAUUGUACUAAGCAGACUGUCAGAUUCACUGCUCACGCUUGCAGACUCGGCCCGUACGCUGUCUAUUAUAAUUGCUCUCUGUCCAGCCAUCAUCCUUCCCCGCUCGUCCUCCUGGUCCUCCUAUCCUAAAGCACGUCUUCCCGCUCUGUUCUCCCUCCUGUCCCCUCUCCUGCUCUCCUCCCUGUGUCUGGCUCUCACUUUAGGCUCCCUGGGACAUCUGGUACAUCCUCACCACUCUCAUCAGCCAGCCCUCAUCUUUGUGGCCGGGGUGCUGGGUCUGCUCUUCAAUGGCGCCUAUCUGGCGGUAACUGGAGCUCUACAAGGUAAGGCUUUGGAGGCUGGAACCAAACCAAGAUGGCGUCUGGUGCUGUGCCUGUUGUGUUCCCUGGCUCCUUCUUCUCUCCUCUUGGCCAGCAGUUUGCUUCUUCACCUGUUCACUCACCCCACAGUGCACUACUUGGAUCCAGCUCUCUCCUUGGCUUCCAUCGCUAUCAUGGUGGCUUCAGUUUACUCAGACAUAGUUCAAAGUGGUUGUGUCCUCCUCCAAGCCGUUCCUACCUCUGCUAAUAUACAAAGCCUCAAGGUGGAUUUAGAUGCCCUCUGUGGCCAUAAUGGGCAUCAUGAACUUCAUAUGUGGACCCUUUCUGGUGACCAUGGGGUGGCUUCUCUCCACGUUCAUUGUUCUGGACUGGAGGCUUACAUGAAUAUUUUAAGUCAAGCCAGAGUUCUGUUUAAGCGCCAUGGCAUAAGGGAGCUGACGGUGCAGCCAGAAUUUGGAAACCCAGGCACAUGUUCCUUGGCCUGUGGACCUGCCUGUGCCCAUUACUCCUGUUGUGACUCAACUCCUUCUACAAGCAAUGAUUUAGUCCUGACCAAUGUGUGCGCAUGAGAUGAAAGUAAAACACUACCUCAGUCUACUAAUGAGACACUAGAGAACUAAUAGCAUUUAGUAAAUGGAGCCACUUUACAUAUAGUAUUAACAGGUGGAAGCAGAGACAUUAUGGAUAACAAA